AUGGAUAUGUGGACCUCAUGCCAAAACAAAGGAUACAUGUGUGUCACAAUUCACUGGGUAGAUGAUGAGUGGCGUAUGAAGAAGAGAAUUAUUGGUUUUUUCAAUGUGAAAGGAAGGCAUACUGGUGCAAAGCUGUCAGAAACAUUUACUAAAGUUAUGGUUAAUUGGUACAUUGAGAAGAAAUUGUUUGCCUUGACUUUAGAUAAUGCUAGUUCCAAUGAAGUGGCUGUUCAUGAUAUAAUUUCAGAUCUGAAAGAUAAUGAUAAUGGCUCUCUAGUUUGUGAUGGGAUCUUUUUUCAUGUUAGAUGUGCCUGUCAUAUCCUCAAUUUGGUUGCUAGAGAUGGGUUGAAAGCAAUUUUAGCAACAAUUACCAAAAUCAAAUCACUUGUGUUAGCUGUGAAAGGAUCUCCAUUACAAUGGGAAAUGCUUUUGAAGUGUGCCACUGAAUCUGGAUUGGACACAAAGAGGGGUAUCUCAAUGGAUGUGUCGACUAGGUGGAAUUCUACCUAUCUCAUGCUGAGAGAUGCUUUGUACUACAAGCAUGCUUUUGUGAGGUUUGAAGUCUCAGAAAUCGUCGUAGGUAUGACAAAAUGUCUCCCUCACUGCUUUGAAUGGGACAAGGCAUUUACACUUUAUCAAUGCUUGAAGAAAUUUUAUGACCUCACUAAAAUUCUGUCCGUUCGGCUAAUGCAACAUCGAGAGAAGAAAAGUAAGCGGCGAAUCGGACCUAGUAAUGCAAUGAGAUAUAAUAAUGGGGAUGUAGAUGAAGACCUUGAAAACUUCUUAUAUUACGCAAGUGAACCUGGUAUGGUUGAGUCAAAUGAGUUGGAGAAGUACAUGGCCGAACCUCUUGAAAAAAUUAUUGGUGAGUUUGACAUCUUAGCUUGGUGGAAGAACAAGAGGGAAGACUAUCCUAUCAUUACACAGAUUGUUCGUGAUGUGAUGGCCAUACAAGUAUCGACUGUUGCAUCCGAGUCUGCUUUUAGUGCUGCUGGUCGUGUUGUUGAUCCCUCACCGUAA